GAUUCUCAGAGCAGAGGAAGACCAUCAAAAUCAAGAUCUGGCAAAAUCACAGCAUCUGUUGGAGGCACUCAGAAGGUUAGCAGCCUAGUUCCAAAUGUGUCAGAUGCAAGAGAGAAGCCCAAACAGGCACCGUCAUUGAAUUUAGUGGCUCAGUUGCAGGCAGAGGCCACAGUUUGUGCAAAUAAAACAAACACUGCUUCAUCGAUUGAGGAGAAGGCUGGUGUGGACACAUCUAGAGAGAACUCGAGGUAUCUCCGGACUGAUGAGAGAGUUGGUAUUGGGCGGUGGGCUGGGGAGAGGGAUGUCUGUGUGUGGUCAGGAGGUGCCUCUCCCUCCUUGGAGGCACACCUUGAUGAUGUUCCACUUGGUAGUAGUCCUAUGCUUAAGAGGCGGAGGAAAACGAAGUCCACGCUACUGAGAACAGUCAGCCUUGCGGCAAUCGAUACUGGGAAAAAGGGUGUGGCCGCAAAAAGCGCUGGGGCUGUUUAUUCUGCCUCUGUUGCUAGUAUUGGUGAUGGCUCCUCUGUGAACCUAUGUAAUGAUGGAUUGGAAGGUCGGCAUGCCGUCCCUCAGGGGCGUGAGGAAGGGAGGUCCUUUGCUGAAAGUGGCAUCUUGACAGAUGGGAGGACUGGGCAUGCGACAGAGGCUCCUUCUUCCACAGGAGCAUCACACGACACAGGGUUGACUGAGGCUUGUCUGCAGAGUGGAAAUGAGACAAGGGCACCGCCGGAGGGCAUUUGUAGUUUGAAUACUGCAGUUCUACUUUGGCCGAGGGCAGCAGGUCCCGGUGUGGAAAUGGCCGCUGUAUCGCCACUGAGUGGAAUAGAUGCUAUGCGGCUCAAGGAACGGUUGGGGAGAGAACCACAACAUGCUGCACGACGAAAAGCAGCUCUCAUUUUGCAUGAUGGAGAAGAAGUUCAAGCCAAAGGAAGGGAGGUGGGGCGAAGUGGAUACAGCAGAUCUUUGUCUGCUUAUGGAAGGGUAUCAGUGAUAGGAAUGGAAGGUGUGGAUGGGGUGAAAGAGGCUAGCACAGAGGAGCGAGGGAUACGAAUUCCGUCCGGAAAGGCAAGGAGUGUGGACUAUGCAGGUGAGGUGGAGGGUGUUGAUGAUGUCAUAAAGGUCAAGAAAAGGCGGCAGCGUCCAUCAACAAAGUCUCGACAGUCUGUAAAACUUGGACCUGGGGGGCUGAUGGGUGGGGCUCAACUGGGUAGUGGAUGGGCCAUGGAAUAGGUGCAGCCUUCAUUUUGUUUCUUUUGUCGUGUUGAGUGGAAAGUGAUCCUGCUGUAGGCGGCAAUUUCAUGUCGCUAGAGUUGGUCUUCAGUGUUAUAGAGAAUCUGGUUGGCUCAGCUUGAGCAUUUGAGGAACCAUGUUGUUGGUUAGCGAAUACAGCUUCAUACGGUCAUAGUUAUAGCGUCCAAAACUGAGGCCCGGUGUGGGGUCUUGGUUUUCCACGGACAUGGCAAGAUCUGCGGAAAAUUGUGGGCAAAGGGAAAGUGUUUGGCCAUGAGUAUGCCACUGUUGUUGGUAACCGAAAACUGUGCGCGAUAUUCUGUGUGGUGUACUAUAAUAAUAUGAUCAUCAGUAUCGGGCCAGCGGCCUAGCUCAGUUGGUUGAGCACGUAAGUGGUAUUCAGGAGGUCGCCGGUUCGAUUCCCCAUGGCGUCCGUUCGGCUCCCCAUGAUC